UCGAUCGAUUGAUCGAAUAAAUCGAAUAAAAGGUACAACCGUUAUACGAAAAUACUCGUUAUUGUUUUCAAAAAUUGAGAUUUUGUUUUUGUUUUAAUUUUGUGAAAUUUAAAAAAAGUUAAUUAAUUAAUUAUCAAUCAUGUCAUCAUUUUUAUCAUUGGCUAAUCAAUUCUUAACGAAAGUAUUUGCAUUAGAACCAUAUUCAGUUGUUGAAGUUAAAAUUGAAGAUUAUAAUCAUUAUGAUAUAAUGGCAAGAGAAGAAACAUUAAUUCUUUAUUCAUAUUGUAAUAAUAAAAAUCAACAACAAUAUGAAAUGUUAUUACAUCGUGAAAAUUCAACAUUACGUACAGCAUUCAGUUUAUAUCGAUCAUUAAAAAGUGAUGAAGCACAAAUAUAUUUUUUACGUUUAAAAGAUAAAUUGCCAAUAUUUGUAAAUCGAUUUCCAAAUAUUUUAUCUAUAUCAUCAUUACAAGAAUUAUGUAAAUAUAUUAAUAUGAAUCCAACACAAAAUAUGGCACAUAUUUGUUCAAAUUUUGGUUAUAUUGAUUAUUUUCGUCAAUUACCUAAUGAAUAUAAAGAUAAUAUUCAGAAAAUUAAUGAAUUAUUAAAUCAACAAGAUAAAAAUGAUGGUAAAACAUGUUUACAGAUUGCCAUUGAACAACAACGUUUAAAUAUUUUACAGACAAUAUUUGCAAUACCAAAUGUUGAAAUAAAUUUCACUUUAGUCGAUAAUUUUGGUAAUAAUCUUUUACAUAUUGCUGCACAACAAAGUAAUGGUCAAAUUGUAUCAUUAUUAUGUCAAACAAUUCGAAUGAAUUUAGGUAAUGAUAUAUUGAUGGAAAUUAUUAAUGUAAAAAAUCGUGAAAAUUUUGCACCACUUUAUCUUGCAUGUUCAAAUGAUAAACCUGCUUGUGUAAAAGAAUUAUUAAAAAAUGGUGCCGAUGUUAAUGGCGCUUCCAUACAGGAUAAUAAUAAUAAUAAUAAUAAUAAUGAUGGAAAACAAGGACGAGAUUCAUUAUCAUCAUCAUCAACACCAACAUCACGUGAUGAAAGUCCAUCAUCUGAUAAUAUGAAUAAUGAUCGUUUAAUCAAUAUGUUGAAUGUAAAUGAUAUGAAAAAUGGUGGUACACCAUUACAUUGGUGUAAAAGUUCCGAAGUAAUUGAAAUGUUAGUCGAACGUAAUUGUAAUUUGAAUGCAAGAAAUUUUCAUGGUGAUACUGCAUUACAUCAUAUGGUUGCUCGGUCAGAUUUGAAUUGUACAAUAUCAUUGUUGGGACAUGGUGCUGAUGUUAAUGCUUCAGGUGCUAAUGGUAAUACACCACUUCAUGUUUCAAUCAAAGCUAAUAAUACAACUAUUGUACAGGCAUUGAUUGUAUUUGGUGCACAAGUUGAUUUAAAAAAUUCAAGUGGUCAUACAGCACGUCAUCUGGCUGCAACAAGUCAACAAUCACCAGCAAAAGAUACAAUUCUUUAUAUUUUACAUUCAGUUUGUGCACGAAGAUGUUCAUCAACAACAACAACAUCAUCGACAACAAAAAAUUGCAAUGAAGGUUGUGGUCAAGGUUUUCAUUAUAAUGGUGUACCACCAGAUAAUCCAUUCAUACGUAAUCAACCAUUAUUUGAUCGUAUUCUACUUGGUGAUGUUGUUAAAAAUAAUUUAGAACAAAAUCUUCAUUCAGAUAUGGAUAUCGAUAAAGAUAAUACUGUUGAUGGUGAUAAUAACGAUAAAAAUUCUUCACAACAACAACAAAAACGUAAAAAAAUUAAAUUAUUAUCAAUGGAUGGUGGUGGAAUACGUGGUUUAAUUCUGAUACAAAUAUUAUGUCAUCUAGAAUUGGUAACUGGAAAACGUAUUAUCGAUUUAUUUGAUUGGAUUGCCGGUACAAGUACCGGUGGUAUAUUAGCAUUAUUACUUACCACUGGUUAUUCAGCUAAACAAUGUCGUAAUAUUUAUUUUUUACUUAAAGAUAAAUUAUUUAUACGUUAUCGACCAUAUUGUUCUGAUACAUUUGAAAAAUUUUUACAAAAAUAUCUUGGCUCAGAACGACGAAUGAAUGAAUUUGAUCGACCAAAAUUAUUAAUACCAGCAACAAUUGUUGAUAAUUUUCCACCGACAGCAAAAUUUUUUCGUAAUUAUUCAAACAGUUUGGAUUUAUUAAAUGAUAAAAAAUCUGAUGAUGAUAAUGAUGCUGAUAAUAAUGAAUUAUUAUGGAAAGUUGCACGUGCAACCGGUGCUGCUCCAACAUAUUUUUCACAAUUUGAAUCAUAUCUUGAUGGUGGUUUGAUUGCAAAUAAUCCAACUAUGGAUCUUUUACAUGAAAUACAAUUUCAUAAUCGUUCGACAGAAUUUUUCGAUAAAAAAUGUGAUAAUAUUUAUGAUAUUGAUCUUGUUGUUUCGAUUGGUACUGGUCUUAUACCUUCAAAACCGAUUGAUAAAUUAAAUUUUAGUCCAUUAUUUUCAUUUUCUGGUCUAUCAAAUUUUGCAACAAAUUUUCCAAAUCUAAUCAAAGUAUUAGUUGAACAAGCAUCAUUAGCUAAUGGACGGGUUGUUGAUCGUGCACAAUCAUGGUGUUCAAUGAUUAAUGUACCAUUUUUUCGUUUAAAUCCAGCAAUAUCCGAAGAUAUUCAAAUGGAUGAAUCGGAUAAUAUAAAAUUAAUUAAUAUGUUAUGGGAAACAAUGGCUUAUAUUUAUAUGAAUAAUGAUGAUAUGAGUUCAUUGAUUAGUUUACUUCACACAACCAAUCAAUCACCAUUGAAAACAUCUGUACAUUUACAAAAAUCGAAUAUACAAUCGAUAACCAAAACAAGUGAUAAUAAGCAACAAUCAACACCAACAGCUAAUCAUUUGGUUAAAUUGAAUACGAAUAAGAUUAACAAUGGUCUUGUACCGUAUAAUGAUGAUGAUAAUCAAAAUGAUGCCGAAUCAUCAUCAUCAUCACAGAAUAAUAAACAACCAAAAAUAACAACACCAUCAACAGUGAUUAGACUUAAUACGUCUAGACCAACUGUUACAAUAAGCCCUAAAGAUAAAUCUGGCCAUUCCGGUAAUAAUAGUAAUAAUAAAGAUGGAAUAUCUUUGCUAAAACAACCAAGUCAAUCAUCAUCAUCGUCGACAACAGUUUUAUCUUCAACGACAGCAACAAAAGAACCAAAAAUUGCAAUCAAAGUAAAAGCAACAACCAAUUCAUGGAAAGUUGUUGCGGCUACACAAAUAUCACCACCCACCUCAUCAUCAUCAUCGAGAAUUCAAGAAAAUCCAGCCGCUGAAAUGUUAAAAUUGAAAAAUCGAAUCGAAUCAAUUAAUACUAAUUGGAGAAUUAGUAAAACUACUUCCAGUAAUAGUAGUAGUAGUGAUGAAAUCAAUGCCCAAAAUAAUAGUUCCAAUAGUAAUAGUGUUACAGAAGAUUCUUCUAAUCGAACUGAAAGUGAUAGAAAUUUAAAUGAUAAUGAAAACACUGCCGAAAUAGUUUCAUCAAAACAACAGCAAACUUUGAUGAUCAAUGAUAAUAGUAAAUUAUCAUUGAAGAAAAAGAAAAAACGAAAGAAAGAAAAAUCACGAAAACGUAAACAUAAAGAUGAUGACCAGAAUGUAGAUGACGAUAAUGAUGAUGAUGAUGAUAUGGAAUUGAAUUGGGUUGAACGAACCAAAGAAACAUUGGAAAUGGAAAAUGGUAUAGAUCGAACAUUGAAUGAACAUAAACGAUUGAAAACCGAAUCAUCAUCAUCAUCAUCUAAAUCAAAUGUUCUUGAUGUUUUACUGAAAAAUGUUUCAAAUGGAUAUGGUGAAGUUAAAUCUUGGAAUGGCGGUGUUUCGAUUCUACAAAAAUCUAUGCUCGAUAAUAAACAACAUAAUGUCAAUGCUGAUGAUGAUAAUGAUUUGUAUAAUGAAGAAUUUGAUCAAGGAAAAACGAUUAAAGUUCGUAACAAAAUUGAUCCAUUUAAAAAUGCAUCAACAAUCAAUGGUAUAAAUCCAUUUCAAAAGAUACAACAAUUAAAAUAUGGUAAUAAUAAUGGUGAUAAUAAACAUUAUUAUAAUUCUGGAAAUAAUGGUUUUGGUGGUAAAAAAUUUAAAUCAGACAAAAAUCAUCAUCAUAAUAAUAAUAACAAUAACAACAAAUAUCAUUAUAAUUCGACAAAAUCAAAUCGAUUUCAUUCAUCAUCAUCAUCAUCCACAUCGAACCAUCAUGGUCAUCAUCAUAAUAAUUUUCAUCAUAAUCAUCGUACAAAGUCGUCGUCGUCUUCAUCAACAUCAUCAUCAUCAUCAUCAUCAUUCAAAUAUCGAUGAAAUUCUAUUUGGUUUAUUCAUAGAUUCAUCUCAGAUAUCGUAUUUUAACCGAAAAAAAACAAACAAUUUUUUGUCAUC